AUGAAGGUUAUGGUGGCUUUGGACGGUUCAGAGAACGCCUACCACGCGCUGCGCCGAGCGCUGGAGCUCACCAAGCCUGAGGACUCCCUCCUCCUCGUCCACACCGUCGAGGAAAUGCACCCCGCACCCUUCAUGGACGUAUCGGGCGUGAUGGACAUGAUGGAGGCGCGAGCCAAGAAGAUCAUGCAGCGAGCGAAAACCAUGUGCACCGCCCAGGGACGAAGGAGAGAGGGCCAGGUCGAAGAGAAGAUCGCCUUCACGAAGAACACUAGAGAGGCCCUCUUGCACCAAAUCGAGAAGCGGGAGGUGGAGUUGGUCUGCAUGGGCUCGCGAGGGCUUAGCGGCGUGAGCAAGGCUCUGUUGGGGUCCACCAGUUCAUACCUCCUCCAGCACGCACCCGCCGGAUGCAGCAUCCUCGUCAUCAAGCAGGACGGCGCCUCGUAG